AUUUAUCUCAAAAAUUAACUAAGAAUCGAAAUAAUUAUCGCCUCGUUGAAUUUUCGACUUCAACCUUUUUUUCUUCCUCGCGACCAAUUUCUUCGAUCUGUUCCGCGAGCGGAUCCGGAAUAUUCCGGUUAUCGCGGGAAGGAAUAACUGGAACAAAGCGGCCACGAUUGCCGAGGACGCUGUCCAGGACGAGAUAUUCGCCGUCCUUUGUCCACGGGAAAUAAUUCGAUAUAUCGGGCUUUUGCCCGUAUCACGAUCGUCGAGUGUCAUCGCUACUGUCAAAGUGUCCUUUUUAUAGGCAACGGGAGAAUAAUAGGUGGAAAUAAUACGUCAAGCCAACUGAACGCGACAGCUGAAUGUUCUGGUCUGCUCCACUGGUGCGCUUGUCCAUUCUCUCCUCCCCUCUUAUCCUCUCGUCACGUUUCGUAUCCUCGCGUCGAGAUGGCUCCGCGAAAAAUUUUUACUUUUACGUUAAGUAGAAUAUGUACACUAAGAGAGAUCAGUCUUCGAAAAUAACUCGAGUAAACUUGACGUUUGAAAAGUUCGCUUCUAGAAUAAUAGCGGUUCUGUCUUUGACACAAUUGAUGUAGUAUCUAUCUGUCUAUCGAACGUUCUUCCACGUUUGAAAACUUUUUUCUUACCACAUUCGAGCGUUCUGGUGGAAUACUAGUUGCGAAAUUUUAUCGCGAAACUUGAGAACUUCUUUACGCAUCGUACCGAAGUAAUUUAAUGGAAAUCUGUCUGUGGGGAAUAAGUUUCAAGACGGAGUUAAUUGAUCGGGUUAUUAAUGCGUCGGAUGUAACUCUAGAAUUCAUCGUGAGAGCAUGCCUGUUCAGGCAAAGGUACCAUUGCGCUAUACACUACUUCGGUGGAAGUUAAAUCGUGAUCGCUUUGGCGAGAGGGCGAAGGACAAAGAGGAGCAUUGAGUGCUUCGCCGUAGAGCUCGUCGAAGAAGGAGUACAAGCAAGCACGUGACAUGAGUACCGUGACCCGAGACACUUGUUGCACGGCUGCUGUCCCUUAAAGAGUCUUGUAUACACGGUGUGUUCCUUCGGUGCGGCGAAAUUAGUCAACGUUCGAAAUAAAACGCGAGAGAAAGAAGAGAAAAGGAAGAGAUAGGUAUAUGCGCGUAUCGUGAAUUCCGUUCAAUCUCGCGUUUCCUCGAUACGUACUCGUGGCAUGUCGGUGAUAUAUCCUUUUAGUCAGGCUCGUGAGAAACCGCGUUUCGUGCUCAAGGAUCUUUCGUUGACGAGCAAAUCGCGAGUGCUAAUCGUGUGAUGCCGUUAAGACGAAUUUCUUUUGUUUUUCGACUGCUGAGUGCACGCUUGUUUCGUGGCUCUGUCUAAGAUCGGUGGAUCUCAGUUUCGAGUUUGAUCGCGCGAAAGGAAGGAGGUCGAUCGUAGGAGGAAGGAAGAAAGAACAUGAACGUGAUCGUGCGCUCAGGCCGGUGACACCGGUCGAGAUUGUGUGUGCGUGUGACUAUCUUCGCUGAUAACUCCCAGUUGGUGGACUCUCACUGAGACGACGGAUAUCUUUGUUCGGUGGAUGUCGUCGGGGUUGUAGAAGGGUGUAUUCGGCGAAGGCAGGAAGCACCGAAGAACCGGAAGGCUGGAUCACCUCCGUGGAAUGUCUUCGGGCGCCAAGCGGCUGGUGCAGUCGCUUCGGGGCCGCAGCGGUGGCGGGAGGGGCGGCAGCGGCGGGCGGGGGAGGGCGGGGGGGGAGGGAAGCGGGGGCGGCGGAGGUGGUGCGAGCACAAGCGCGACCAGAUUGUGCCACUACGACAGCGGUCACGAGCUCGACGAGAUCUCGGUGGUUGGCGCUGCCAUCAGGGGCAGCGAGGGCCUUCCUACCCCCACCACACCCUGCCAUUGUGGCGGCCUCAAGUACGGGAGCGGGCAAACGUUGUACAGUAUAGCCGGUCUGGUGCCCCCUGCGCCCGCUGCGCCUGCGCAUGGAGCACAAUCAGGUAUAAUCGCAGGGGGCGGUGGCGGAGGGAGAGAUCGGUACAGCGGUGGUUCCGCUUCCGCUCUGAGCUGCGGCGGCGAGAAGAUUCGAGAGGACAGGCAGGGAAGAAUGGUGGACGGGAAGACGAGAAUCAGGAGGGAGAGGGAAGAGGACACGAAGAGCGCGGAUAACGUGUCGAGAGGCGCCCCCUCGAGGCAGAGUUUGUUGGAGCUGGUCAGCGGCAAAUGCAUGAGCCGCCACACGCCCACGCAUCAUUACUAUCAUCAGCAACAGCAGGUGUACUCGGUGCCGCAGAGAUACUUCAGCUCGUCCCGAGACUCGCUUCACGGUGCUUACGUGAAUCGAGGGGCGAGCGAGUUCGACCUAAGUCGGAAACCGAAGAGAAGGGACCAGCUGAGGGGCAGAUUCAAGCUACCGUAUACUGUAACGCUCUCGCGAGAUCAAUCACAUUUGCACACACCGGCGUCUGUCAAUCAUCUGAGUAAUAGCAGCUGUAAUGGCACCGAAACGAGGUACACGGUGCAACAGCAACAGCAGCAACGCGGUAGCAGAGGUUACCCGGGUCAAGCGGGGACGAAAGGUUUUCGUACGGGUGCCCCUAAUUGGUCCUUCAUCUUCGAUCCCGCGGGACGUCUCUGUUACUAUUGGUCGAUGGUCGUCUCCCUCGCCUUCCUUUACAACUUCUGGGUCAUCAUCUAUAGGUUCGCCUUUCAAGAAAUAAACGGCGAAACGCGGUGGGUGUGGUUCUGCUUGGACUACUUCUCCGAUUUUUUAUACGUACUGGACAUAGUGUUUCACAUCCGAACCGGAUACUUGGAGGACGGUGUCUUGCAAACAGACGCGACCAAGCUACGAAAUCACUAUACGAACAGCACUACGUUUUACAUGGACAUCCUGUGCCUGCUGCCCCUCGAUUUUUUAUACUUAUCUAUAGGAUUCAACAGUAUACUUCGAAGUUUUAGGCUCGUGAAGAUAUAUCGGUUCUGGGCGUUCAUGGACAGAACCGAGCGACACACCAACUAUCCGAAUUUAUUCCGCUCCACCUCCUUGAUACAUUAUUUAUUGGUGAUCUUUCACUGGAACGGGUGCCUCUAUCACAUUAUUUAUAAGAACAACGGGUUCGGAAGUAAGAACUGGGUAUUCAGCGAUUCCGAGACCGCGGACGUGGUGAAACAAUAUUUGCAAAGCUACUACUGGUGCACGCUGGCCCUCACCACUAUCGGUGAUCUUCCCAGACCAAGAAGCAAAGGCGAGUAUUUGUUUGUAAUAGCUCAGCUGCUGUUCGGCCUGCUGUUAUUCGCCACGGUGCUCGGACACGUAGCCAACAUCGUAACUUCCGUGAGCGCGGCCAGGAAGGAGUUUCAGGCAAAGUUGGAUGGUGUGAAAACGUACAUGAGGAUGAGAAGAGUGCCGAAGCAUCUUCAGGUAAAGGUGAUCAAAUGGUUCGACUAUUUAUGGUUGACGCAAAAAUGCUCGGACGAAGAGAAAGCCGUCAGUUGUCUUCCCGACAAACUGAAAGCCGAAAUCGCGAUAAACGUGCACUUGGACACGCUGCGGAGAGUGGAAAUAUUCCAGAACACGGAGGCUGGCUUCUUGUGCGAACUAGUUCUCAGAUUGCGACCCGUUCUUUUCUCACCUGGCGAUUAUAUUUGUCGCAAAGGUGAGGUAGGGAAGGAGAUGUACAUAGUGAACAGAGGGCGACUACAGGUGGUGGCCGAUAACGGGAAGACAGUUCUCGCUACCCUUAAGGCUGGUUCCUACUUCGGGGAGAUCAGCAUUCUCAAUAUGAGGACUGCAGGUAAAGAGUGCGGUAACCGACGAACAGCCAGUGUACGCUCGGUGGGCUACUCGGACCUUUUCGUCCUUAGUAAGAAGGAUAUGUGGGAUGUAUUAAAGGAAUAUCCUGCGGCUAGGAUCAGGCUAGAAGCCAUUGCAGUGAAAAGAUUGGAAAAAUACAAGAGAGCUCCUCUCGAGAAAGCUGCAAUGGGUCGAUGUCAAAGCACGCCAGGACUCGUGGAGUCACGAGGUCGUAUACCAUUGGAGGAGAUGUGGGUUUCGCCUGUGGAUACGAAGUCCACUCACGCGUACUCGACCGGCCACUCGUUGUUCUCCCCCAGCCCGAGUCCUGUGACGUCGCGCGGUUUGGCCAGCACCAACGUCAACGCGAACAACGUUGCGAGAAGCAUGGAUAGUCCGAUGAGUGCCACUAGCAGCGGCCACAGCAGCGAGGACCAAACCACCAGGGCACCACAAUCCGCCACACAGCCCUCCACCGGCAGGCAAUCCACCCACUCUGGAAUAACCUGCAACAGCAUGACGCAAUUAGUCGGCGAAGGUGCCACACCACUUUUAGGCACUAACGAAGCUUUAUUAGCCGAAAUUAAACGUCUUCGAGAACGUCUAGUUUGUUUGGAAUCUGAAAAUGCUGCGAUGAGUGCUAAACUGAAUCAACAACAAUGGGAAGUAGAAAAUCGAUUGGCCGAAAUCGAGAUGCAGAUUUGCGGUGCUAGCUCGUCUUCCAGUUUAGAAGAUAACAAUGAAAGAAAUCGAGAAAGUAUCAUUUAACAAGAAACAAGGCCGCGAGAGCGCGGCAAAACAAAAAUAGGGCGAAUACGACAUUAUUUGUCCGAAACUACGGAUGAUAGAUAUACAGCAGAUGAUCGAGAAGAAUUUGAAGAAGCUAGAAUCUCUGGAAGAUCUAGUGAUACAAAAUCAAUAGGUAGCCUCAGUCAACAUUUCUUUGAAAGUGACGAAGAUGAGAAAUAUUAUGGUACUUGUAAUGGUUAUGUUUCUCAGCCUGGCAGUAAAUCAAACUUAUUGCUAUGCAGUGAAUGUGAUCAGAAAACUCGUACCUGCACAUACAGGCCACAAACACCUGGUUCUUAUAGUAGUAGAUACGUCGAGGAACGUUUUGACGAGCGACUUCAAGAACCAGGAACUUCUCGCGCAUACAAAAGCCCAAUUCAUACAUCUUCUCCUCGGUUAGUAUAUCAUGAUCAAGAUUAUAGUGGUCAAUCAUCUUCACCUAGAUCAAUUUAUCGUGAUCAAGAAUAUCAAACUCGAAGAGGUUGGUCAAAGAAAUAUGAACAAGAAUUUGAUCGAAGAGAGUAUGAAGACAAAGAAUUAAAACAGGAUGAUGAUAGUCCUGUUUGUGAAGUUUGUCAUGGAAAUGGUCAUAUUGUUCAAUGUGAACAUUGCGAUUUUUCUAGCGAAGGUGAUUUAAUAUGUUUCCGAUGCCAGAGUGAUGAAGGUUCAUCAAAUGGUCAAAGUUGUCCUCGUUGUGAGAAAAAUGAAAGAAUAUUAUCAAGCAGAUCGCAAAGAGGAACAUCAUCCAGCGAUGAGGGAAAAUAUCCAGUAGAUGCUGUAGUAAAAAUACAAGUUAAUGAUCAUAUGAUUGAUGUAGAUUCAGAUGAGACACCUGAAAGUGACUUAUCGAGUAGUCAUCAUCAUCAAAGGAGUACAAUGGAACGAUUAGAUACUAUUGUUGAGGCAAAGGGAGACACUGCCAGUGAAAAUGACGAGGAAAAUGGGGGUACAAAGUUAAAUGGAACUAGUAGUGCAAGAUAUCUCAAUUAUAUGAUUGUACUGUUUCUGUAAAUAACAUGGUUAUGGUAGCUGCAGUUGAGCUAUGGAUUAUGUUGGUAAAUGGAGAGUGUUGUUUCGUUGAAGCUAUCAAUUAAAAAAUAAUUUUUAAUCCUCAUUAUAAACUAUUAUAACACUUCUUAUUAAAAAUAUAAUAGUUAUGCUACAUUGGAUUUAUAAACUAAAAUUAUAAUACAAAUCUAAUAUUUUCUUCAUUAAUGUUAAUAGACUAGUAAUGAGAUUAUAAAUAGUACAAGUAACAAAUAUCGAAAUAAAUAUUUCUCAAAAAAUUUUUUUAUAAUGCAAUAAAAAUUAGUUGAAACAUUUUCAAAAUAAAUAAAAACCAAGGAAACGUUAGAUUGAAACAUUUUACACUUUCUUAUUAUACUAUUUCAAAUUCUCAUAUUGUGUGUAAAAUUUCUAAACGAUUUAUACUAAAAAUUUUGGAAAUAAACUUACUAAUAUUCAACAACGAUACUCUUCAUUUAAGUCGAAGCAUUUUCAAAAGUAAAAUUUCGCUGCACGAAAAAAUCUAUUGAUUUUAACGUGUCAUAACUUUUCAAAAUGUUCCGUACUUCACAGAUUGCUUGACAUCGAAAUUUGUUGCCGUAUGAUAUUUUCGGCGCCGUAGCUCAACUUGCAUGUAAAUAAACUGCCAAAGGAACAUUCAUCCGUAUAUCGUAGGGCCGUAUAGGUUAAUAGGUAACUCGUAAUGUUUAAAAUGCUAUAUGAGAGAAUGAGAAAGAAAGAAAGAUUCGAACGAAAGAGUGAAGAGAAGAAAGAGAGAGUGAAAGAGGGAGAGAUAUUAUAUUACGUUCAACACGCGCAGUGUUGCCAUGAGCUGAGAUCCGUAAUGCAACGAUCGACACGAUUCCAUGCGCGACUUUUAGAAUAGGUUUGUGCAGAAAUCGUGUUUAUUUUAAUUUAUUGUUAUUAUUUUUAUUGUUUCCUUUUUUUAAAUUUUCUAAGAAAAUUAUAUUAAAUUUGAUGUUUAUUUAAAAAAGUUUCAUAAGUUUGACAAUUAAAUUAAAUGAAAAAGAAAUUAGUUUGUCUAUUAUACACUAUUUACCACGUGCAAUUAUUAAAACAAAUUGGAUAUAUUAAUUGCAAAUACAUGGAUUAUAUUUGCUUUGUAAGUAUUUCAAAAUAUUUUAAUUAUCAACAGAUAAAAGAUUUGUACACAAACCUGACUAACUCAUGUUCGGGACCAACUAAAGCCACCAUCUGCAUGACUGCUUCCGAUUUCUGCUUUCAUUUCCGCUCAUUAUUUUUCAUAUAUUGUUUUCAAUAUUCAUAUACGGAAUACGAAAGUAGUAUAAACGAUUUCCAUAUGCAUCUCGCUUAUUGUGAAAUUAUUUUCAUUUUAAUGGAUAUUAAGUUAAUUGCUUCCGAUUAAUAGAAGAAGUUUAGUACAAAAAUAGCGCUAAAACUUUUCGUAAAAUAAUUUACACGAUGAAAUUGAAUCUUACUAAUAUACACUCUCAUUUUCUUAUACAUUUUUCCUUUCAAUAUACCAAAAUCCAAAUAGAUAAAGACUACGGACGUGAAUAUAGUACUUACAUAUAUAUUUCGACCAGAAUAAAAACAUUCAUAACGAGUCGUAUUAUCAUAAUUGAGCUUCGAAAGUUCAAUUCAGAUGAAUGAUGAUAUAGAAUUCUUUGUCCUCGGAUUAACGAACUAUUAUUCUUCGAGGGCCUUAACGGGACCGAAUUUUUCCAGGUAUGAAGAAUCGAAAUGGGAUCACAACUUCCCUCCCCUUUUUCCCUUACUUUUGACAUAAAUUUCAUAAUAAGAAUAAAAUUUGUUUAAUUAUUGCCAAUGCAAUUUCAGUUAUAACCUUCUUUAAGAAAAUUAGGAAUUAUCAAAAUAUUUAGAAUUUUACAAAUUUCUAGUUACGAUUUUUGAAGAUAUAAAUAUUCGAAAAUUAAAACUCUUAUUGAUAUAUAUAUAUUUUUUUUUUAAAUUGUUUUUCAUCAUCGAUAUUUAUACAUAAUACUUGCAUAGAUACUCAUUAAAUAUUACAAAUAUUUAGUUGCGGGGGAAAUGAACAGACUCGACCGUUUAUAUUAUAGAAAAAAAAAUAAAGAUGAAAGCGGAAUAAAUUCUUCGAACUACAAAAUACGAAACGAUUUAUAAUAAGGAUAGCGACUUUUUUAGUAUUUAUAAAUCAUUGAAUAGAUUUUAAUAGUUAAAUUUUUUUAACAUUCACUUUCCACUUUGUAAGUAAACCGCACAUAAUAUCGCUUGGAACGGGAAAAGAUAAAAACAUUUCGAUUUAAUAAUGAACGAAACCUGUAAUUUCUAAAGGCAGAAAAGAGAAAAGGAUGCGCAGAGUAUAAUGCAUAGUAAUCUAGUUAUCUUCGAAUAGAAAGACGUAUUUCAUGCGAAAGAUUUUGCGGGAUUCUAGACUUAUAUUAUCUGUAUGAUAUUCACGGCGAUAGACAUUAUCAAGAAUAGAUCGCAAAGUCUAAGGGAAUAAUUAGUAAGAUAUAUCGAUAUCCAAUAACCUAACCUUACCUUGAAGCAAAAAUGUAAUAACUCGAAGGGAUAAGAAAAUUAUAAAAACAUAAAAAUUUUCAAAUUGUGCAGAAUGUAUAAUUUCUUUAUUUACAUUAUUAUUCACUUUUUACGAAAAAUAUUUCCUCUCCAUCACCAUAAAUAAUAAAACAAUUAUUUUAUCUUUACGAUUCGUUCGUUCUAUGUUCGUCGUAUAAUUAACUUUGACUUUUCUGGCAAGUGAAACAACAACAUAAUAUUUAUGUAUACAUAUUAUCGAGUUAGUCCAUAUUUGCGACGAGGUAUACGAGGUGUACUAUUCUACUGCCACAUUUUAAAACUAGAAAGAACUUUGGAAUCAUUGAAUAACCUAGUCCUAUAUACAUUAUCGCAAGAUACAUCACGCAUAGAGAAAACACUGGAACGACUAAUCUCUCUUUCUCUCUUCAUUUUAUAAAGUUUUAUACGUGAUAGCGUUUAUUCCUGAUCAAGUAUUGAUUUAUUCGCAUGACGCGCAACGCUGUAGUAUCCAUUUUGAUUGUGGGUGCAAUUCGAGAUAUACAGGAGCAUGGUUUACUGUGACUGUAAUAAAAUGGAGAGAGAAUGCCCGGUCGCAUUCGAAUAAGGAAAGGAGUGCGUUUAAUCAGCCUUACUUAUACAAUUAUUAUCUACAUUAUUAUUAUAAUAAAUUUAUAAGCAUGAUUUGUGUAUAUGUAUGUCGGCGUACUUUUAAUUACAGCCUUGAGAGAAUGCUGUGGACAACGAUAAUCUCUGAGCAACGCACGGCUUGGUAAUUGUAUGUUUUUGUAUAAUUAUCGUUGUUGCAAUAAGUUUCGUUUCGUUUUCGUUGCCUCGACACACUCGUAACGUUUAUAAAUGUAAAAAUUCUAGGCUAUUUAAAUGGCUGUGAUACGUGUACGUUCAUAAUUAAUUAAUUAAUUAAUUAUUAUUAUUAUCUUUUUUUUUAAUAAAUAACUAAAUACUUUACUUUAUUAAUAUGAUUUACUUUAUUAUCGUUUAUAUCAUUUAUUUAUCGUAAUCCGUGCAUCGACGGAAGAUAUUUUUUUUUUCUUUUUUCUUUAUUUUAUCAUUUAGCCUUGUUGCUCCGAGCCUUCUUAUUUCAUAAUGUAAAAUAUUUCCGAAACACAGCAUUGAAAUUGCUGAUUCGAACAAUUUAUGAACUUAUCCAAUAUUAUAAGCCUUCCGAUAUCUUAUCACGUACGAAUAUCGUUUCAGAGAUACUAGAUUUAGUAGCUAGAUAUUUUAGGCCCCCAUCUUUAUAAAUAAAAGUGUCUUAUUGUGCAAAGAAAAAAAGGGAAAAAAAAAAAAUUUAAAAUCGUAAUUUAAAAUCGUAGCUCUUCGUUCAGUAUAACGUAAUUUACAAAGACGUAUUUAUUACUUUCUACAUUUCUUAUAAAAUUAUUAUAUCGUUUAUUCAUCGAUUGCCGUCGAAUUGAGAGCAAUGUAUUUUGAAGAGAAUGAAAAAAAAAUACGAAAUAAAAAUGAACUGAAAUAGAAAAAUAUAUACCAGGAUGGUGCGGUGAAAAAAAGAAAAAGAAAGAACGAUGUAGUGUCUCUGAAACUUUUGACGCGAGCCAGGAGUAAAUUCGACGAUUCGCGAUAAAAUUCGGGUUCGCUCCUGCUCGCCAUAGUUUUUAUUCGAUUUUGAGAAACUCGAAUUUACACGAUCGAUAUAGAAAUAUAAUAAUUCUUCGAGAAACGAGAUUCUUAAUAAAUAAAUCUCCUCGCGACUGUUUGCAUGAAAUAUUGAUUUUAUUGAGAUGUUUAUCGGUGUUAAAAAAACGAGAGAUGCGUUGCAAGGGGCGAACAGGCGUUUAUUCGAUACGACGUGGGAUGCGACUCGUGAAAGUUUGUUAAGUGAGUCAAGUCCGCGUCAAGCCCGAUCUUCGAUCGAUCGAUACCCGUUACAGCCAUUCGAAUUAAUAUCUCGUGCAUGGAAACCGACCCUAAUUCGCCUAAUUCGUAUCGUUGUGUCUAAUUCGCGCGUGAUGUUUAAUUUCAUUUAUUAUUAUUAUUAUUAUUAUCAUUAUUAAAUGAGAGAUUUAACAAACAAGAAUCGACGAUUCGUAUCGUUCAAUCGUUGUUGUCGAGAAUCGAGAAUUUCUCUGAUCAUUUUGUGGAUCAUUAUCUCGAUACGAUAAAGAAGUUGAGCGCUAUAAAUUUUAUACACGCGCUCGACGACGAUGAUGAUGAUGAUGAUGAUGAUAUUAAUUGUUAUUAAAUGUUAAAUAUAUUAAUUAGAGAUUAUAUAAAAUAAGGCCGUUUGAUUGUAAAUUAAACGUGUAUACAUCCGUCGUCUUGUUUCAUUUUUUUCAUGAAAUAAAUGUCGGUCGAUUUGUAGCCCUUCUCCAACAUUCAGCAAUGUUUUUCACUCGUGUUUUAAAUUAAAACUAUUUUCUUCCUUUUUUUUUUUUUUUUUCAUCUAAUGUGUUAAUCUGUCUAACUCGAUAAAUAUUUCUCAAAUUUUUCCACGACUUCUCUAUAAUAAUAAUAAUAAUAAUAAUAUACUUAAUGACUUAUAAAUACUUAGCUUGUAUUAUUUUUCCACAAAAUGAUUCAGAAAAUUCUUCGUUUCGAUUGGAAUUUAUUAACAUAAUGAUAAUAUUAAACCAAUCCAUAUCUUAACGAUUAAUUAUAUAAAUAAUAUAAAGAAGAAUAUGUUUGUUCAAAUUUUUUUUAGACAUGAUCCAAAUUAUUCUAUUCAUAUUAGCCAAUAAAAUACACACACACACACACACACACACGCAAUUUAUUCGGCACGCGUUUUAAUUAUAAUGAAAGUUCUAGAAAAAAAUUAGAAAAAAGCUCGAGAAAGAAUAUACAUACAUAAAUCGAUAAAAUUUCAAAUUGCUUCAAAUUUCACGAUCGGAGAAAAUAUUUCGAGCUGAAUACGGUUCGAUUCAGAUAUCGAAGAAUUGUUAAAAAGAAAGAAAAAAAAUAAUAAAUUUCAUUCCGUAUUCAUCGUUUUUCGCUACCUCGGUUUCUUAUCUCUCAGUGCUUUAACGUUGAAUAAGCUAUCCGAAUAAAAAUAAAAUAGAAUAAAAUAAAAUAAUAAUAAUAAAAAAAAAAGAAAGGGAGAGAGAGGAAAAAGAAGAGGCGAGUCUCUUAAUGAAUGGUCACUCAGGAAUAAAGUUAUAAUAACAGUUGCGAUAUUAUUGAAUAUAUUAACAUUUAAUGAACAACUUUUUGUAAAUAGGAGUAUAAUUAUAAAUAUAGAUAUAUAAUGAUAAAAUAUACAACAUGAUAAUAGUAUGAAUAACGUAUAGGGAAUACGUGCAGGGUUGUAUGCAAAAGGUGUUCGUCGGAUCGGAGUAUUUCUGUGAACGAAAAAAAAAAAAAGAAAAAUGUAUAAUCGAUACAAAAAAAGAAAACGCGCGAAAACAUUGAAAAUUCCAGGAAAAAAAUAAAAAUCGGAAAAGAAAAAAACGUGAAAUGUAUGAAUUUAGUUCAAUAAUUUUUCUUACAUUUUUAACAUACAACAUUUCUUCGACUUGACGCCUGAAUUACGUUACCCUGCACACAACUUUAACGAUUGCCCCAAUAAAAGAUAACAAGCCUGCGAAAUACCAAUGCGUGAAUGAAGAAAUAAAUGUGUAUGUGCAUAUUAUGAGAGAGGAAGCGAGAAAGAGUGAAGAACGAGGAAGAAACAGGAGAGAAUGUAAGAGCGUGGACGGUUAUUGUGAGAAUCUAUACUUCCGAUUAUAAAGAAUUGACCAAAACGUCGGCAUUAAGGUAAUAAUACGCAACGUAUUGUAUUAUGUUGAUGAUCGUAAAGUGUCAACAAAAAAAAAAAGGGGGGGAGGCAUCGACCGAGUCAACAAACGGGAAUCAUAACGGGAAUAAAAUUUAAAAAUAAGAAAAAAGGGGGGAAAAAAGCGAUAAGAAAACAAUAUCACGAUGAGACACGACUGUAAUCAUACCAAUUAUCAAUUAAUAUACUCGUAUACGAGUAUAUAUAUAUUUGCGUGUGUAUCAUCGACAUACAUACUCGAGCAUAAUUUAUCUCUACCCACGCGAAUAUGCGUGAAAUUUUUUGUCCAUUUCUACACGUAUAUCCGUUUCCUCCUCGACGAUAGAAGUUAUUUUUAAAUUUUCGAAACUUAGCUACGCCGCUCCCACGUGCGAGUGUCUGUACGAUCGGAUGUCAGUAGGAAUUCAGAAAUAUAAAUAGACGAUUGAAGUUGGCAA